CCCGUCUAGACCAACCCAUCGUGCAACUGGAUUUUCUCUUCUUGUCGUCGUCUAUUGAGAAUUUUCUUUUUUCCUCUUUUUCGCGCAUAUGCAGCUGCGGAAUUAGUUUGUCCUCAGCCUCGAGGUCACUCGCACGCCUCUGCGCCCGCUCACUUCAUCACACAGAUUUGAAGCUGUUUCUCCAAUCUGAUAGAUUUCAUUCUCAGCACCUCAUAUAGUAGUUCUAAUUUCCAGGUUCUCAACCCGUCAGAAUGGUGUUCUGCACAUACUGUGGGCAGUCGUUCACUCGAGACGAACACUUAGAACGGCACAUUUUGACCCAUACAAAUGUGAAGCCUUUCAAGUGUGUCACAUGUCACAUGUCCUUCGCUCGCCGCGAUUUGCUGCAGCGACAUUAUACUGUACAUGGCAGAGAUCAAAACAAUCAGGAGGGCGUUUCGCCUCAAACAUUAGUGCCGAAGUCCGCCGGUCGAACACCCAUUGCGUGCAACAACUGCGCCAAAACGAAGACGAAAUGUGACAAAAAAUUUCCAUGCUCUCGCUGUGCAGCAAGAAAUCUGAAAUGCACUCUAAGACCCACCCGUAGACAGACGAAGAGUGCACAACGUAUUCAAACGAAUCCAGAUGGAACAACAACUAUCAUCACGCCAGAGGUUCACCCACCAACGUCUUCCAGUGCCCCCAAAGGAAGCUCGCCUCAACUACAGGCCCAGAACCCGGCGGAGCAGUCCACAUCUAGGACAUCGCAAAGUCCAAAGCCACAAAUCAGCCAUCAUGCAAGUCCCGCAUCGAAGACUGUGGGACUUCCUAGCUUUUAUGACACAAGUCCUCAAGCCGUUACUACCACAGCUUCAAUGCCUACUUUGCUCUCGCCUCUUCCUACCCCAGAUACAAUCGGAAGUAGCGGCUUCGUUAACACAACGCCCAUGUCAGGUUUUGAUCAGUUUAUGCCAUCAACCAGCGAUAGUUCCGAAACGGGUGCAAGUGCAAGCCCCCGUUAUUUGAUGGAUUGGUCGCAGAUAGCUCAAUUUUCGCAAGGCCAGCAGUACGAGACAUUGUCUCGUUCUGAUCUGAUCAUGGGCUCAAGUAUGAAUCCGGCGAUUGGACUGGGCAUGGACGGUAUUAUGGGUCCAAAUGAAGCCACAAUGUUGUCAAUGAUGCCGGACUUCUCUCAGGCUAUGCCGCAAGUAAAUACACCCGACGCUACACCGCCAAGACUUGAUGGCACAAUGUCCGAAUUGGAACUAAGCAACGGAUAUCACGGGAGUAGACAGCAUUCAAUCAGUACAACGGAACCAGGUGACAUUCCCCAGGUCGUUUUGGCUCAGGAUGGAUGGAAUUGUUUCCGCUCCGGGCCAACACUUCACCCAAGCCGUUGCCCCCGAACAGCUCGCCUGCAUCUGGAGAAGCUUGAGCGAACUUUGAAAAAUCAAGAUUUGUGGAUCUCGUGGCGGAGUACAUACGAAGAGGAAGACUCGACCAGCAGCAGCGUGAAAGUCGAACCCAUACAUGAGGCGUCCCGCGACAAGCUUCUAGCUAUUACGCAAACAUUCUUGCACAAGGCGCUAGACAUCCACAAAGAUGGAAGCGUCAGCACUCCACCUGGAAGCAAUUCGCCAUCCGCAACAGACACGUCGUUCGUGUUGCUACCCCCCGUGCGAGUUCUCCAACAGUUUCUCCGCUCAUAUGCCCGCAGCUUUGAUCGUUUUUUCCCGUUGACUUCCCGAGGCACCCUCGAUGUCAACGCGCCGCUGUUGGACCCGAAUGUCAAUGACAAGGCAGCUAGCUUGAUGACUCUCCUGAUGAUUGCUCAUGGAGCGGCAAACAUGCCGGAACUGGAGGCUCGAUGGUUGACCGGCGGUCUGACCGAGGCUUGCAGGAUCUCAUUAUUUGAUCUGAUCGAGAAAAAUAUCGGAAUGGCGUCGAAUCAGACAGUCCUUCAAUCCGGCCUAUUGUUCACGACCUCAGCUGCGUGGAGCGGUGAUAAGUGGCAGAUGGACAUCGCAAUGGGUCAACGAGGAAUGUACUUUGCAAUGUUGAGACAUUCGGGCAUCCUAGAUCCGGCGAGAAUGGUAACUCAGCCAGCACCAAAUGGCACAACAGAUGCUCUUUGGACCAGCUGGUUACAGCAGGAGAGCAGCAGCAGGCUCAUCUACUCAUGGAUUAUGGUUGACCAAGAUCUAUCGCUCUUCCGUGACUCAUCGCCUCUGUUCAAUGUUACCGAGCUUGCCGCUCCAAUGCCGGACACCGACAGGCUUUGGGGAGCAAAGUCUGCUUCGGAGUGGUGCAGUGUAUUUGACCAAGUCCACCAGAUUAGCGGCGGGUUUUCGUCCGUAGGCUCGGGCGCGCGACCGCCUUCGCUUCGCGAUAUAUUUAGACAAUUUCUCGAUGAUGAGAUCGCCAGUAACGGUAUCGAGCUGACAGCCUUGCACCUCCGGUUGCUACUUCACCCUCUUCAGACCCUCGUUUCCCAGUUUAGCCAAUUGCUUAGUGUGUUCUCCGACACACUGGGUGCACGACAACGGACAAAGGCAGUCACGGCGGCGUCGACCCGCUGCCGACUGGAGGAGGUCCAAGCUCUCCUGAAACGAUGGUUCGAUCUUUGCACUCGAUACCUUAGGUCAAACCCUGUGUGCCCGAUGAUCCAAGGCGCCCUCAUCAUCUAUCAUCUCAUCAGCCUGAAUGCAGUCACAAACUUUCCGGAGAUCGAGCGGCUUGCUCGAAAGGAAGGCAUAGAUGGUACAUAUCAGCAACUGAUGUGGGUGCAUAAGCGGUGCAUCUACGACGUCGAGGAAGCAGUCUUUCAUGCUGGCCAGGUUUUACGACUCAUUCGCCAGAUGGACAUCGACGUUCGUCCACCGUGGUGGCCAGGAGCGGUCUACAGAGUUGCCCUGGUCCUAUGGACCGACAGCUUGACGCACACAGAAUCCAUCGCCUCGGCUAGUGGUCUCUUUCCAGUGCCUGGUCCUUCAUUUGCUGCAGACGCCUUGCCGCCCGACCACACGCUCAUCGUCCGCUAUCUGAGUAAGCGAGAGGGAGUGCCUAUGCUUACUCGACGAGACCGCACCCAGAUAUCGCUGGACAAUCCAUACAACAUCUUGAAUCAUUGCAUCGAGGUGCUCGACGACGGCAUAUCGAACCGGUUUUGUGACGGCAUUCGCAACAAGUUGGCUCGUUUGUCCCGAGGCGGCUAGUCUUCCAAACCGCUCGUCUGAAGACGACGCGGACCUUUGCUCACUUUGACACGGCGUUUUCUUUCGAGCCUCGCUCGUUCGCUUUUGUUUUCCCAUCUCUUGAUGUCACGAAAAAAAACAAAAAGCAUCCCUCGACAUGCUUAGUGAUCCUUUGUAUUAUCGACUGAUUAUUUGAAAUCUUCACGGGCGGUUCGAAGUCUCCAAGUCUUGUCAGCCCUUUUUUUUUCUCUCGGACGUCCAGGUUUACGAACUCGAUGUCCGGCUUUUUCGGGCUACCCGGUGUACACUGAGCCAGCCCUGGGUAGGCAGCGAUCCUUAUGUCCUGUUGAACAAGAUCGACCGAACAGCGAGUCGUCUUCUAGCGUGUAUACCUACGGUGGCUGUGAAUCAUGACUUAUGACCGAAUCAAUUAUUAAUGUUUGGUAUGAGCGCAAUUGAAAAGGCGCAAGAUACGUUUAUCUGUAACUAGUUCCAAG